AUGACGGACCGCUUGAGCUCGAUCCUUAACCACCUGAAGCCGUCCGGCAACACUGGAGUGUCUGCUAUCACCUCCAAAAACCCUGACGAUGUAGUCAUCACCCUCGCCCACCGCACCCCCCUCACCAAAGCCAUGAAAGGCGGCUUCAAAGACACAGACCUCGACUACAUGAUCUAUGCCCUCCUCAGACAAACUCUCCAACGCUCCAACAUCGAUCCCGCCUUGAUCGAAGACGUUUGCCUCGGAAACGUCGGCGACGGCAAAGCAGCCUACAUCAUCCGCGCGGCCGCGCUGGCAGCGGGCAUCCCGCAUACCGCUGGUGGCAGCUCUGUAAAUCGGUUCUGCUCGUCCGGCCUUAAGGCGGUGCAGGAUAUUGCGAACCAGAUCCAGCUGGGUGCGAUUGAUGUGGGUUUGGCUGUGGGGGCGGAGUUGAUGAGUGGGAAUGGAGAUCGGAUUCCGAAGCCGUUCCAUGAAGAGGUGUUGAAGAAUCAGGAGGCGGCGGAUUGUAUGCAGCCAAUGGGGCAGACGUCGGAGAACGUGGGUGCGGAUUUCAAUAUCGAUCGGGAGACGCAGGAUAGGUAUGCUGCUGAGUCUUUCCGAAGGGCUGAGGCCGCGCAGAAGGCGGGUUGGUUUGAUGAUGAGAUUGUGCCAAUUACGACCAAGGUCAAGGAUCCUAAGACGGGAGAGGAGAAGGACGUUACUUUGACGAGAGAUGAGGGUGUUCGCUAUGGUACUACGCCCGAAUCAUUGGGUAAGAUCCGUCCUGCGUUCCCUCAGUUCGGUAACAGGACGACUGGUGGCAAUGCCAGUCAAGUCACUGAUGGUGCCGCCGCCAUCCUCCUCAUGCGCCGCUCCAAGGCCAUUGAGCUGAACCAGCCCAUCCUCGCCAAAUUCUGCGGCGCCACCGUUGCCGGUGUUCCUCCCCGUGUCAUGGGUAUCGGACCUACAGCGGCCAUCCCCAAGCUCCUCGGCAAGUUCAAUCUGACCAAGGAUGACAUUGACCUUUUCGAAAUCAACGAGGCAUUCGCCUCCAUGGCUGUGUACUGCUUGAACAACCUUGGUCUGGACCAUGCUAAGGUGAACCCGUGCGGUGGCGCGAUUGCGCUGGGUCACCCGCUGGGAGCUACGGGGGCGAGACAGAUUUGCACGGCGUUGAACGAGGCGAAGAGGACGAAUAAGAAGGUUCUGGUUACUAGUAUGUGUAUUGGAACUGGACAGGGGAUGGCCGGGUUGUUUGUGAAUGAGCAGGCUUAG